CAGCAAACCUCAAAACUGUGCCGCUCAAGUAUAAUAAAUCGACGGAGGCAUCGGUGUUCAGAAGUCAGGAGAAACCAAAAAUGGAGAAGAGAAAGAGCAAAGUAAUAGCGUGUUUGGCUGUGUGGAUUAUAACUGUCUUUUCCGUUUUUGUUGCAAUCUCUUGUGUUGAUGAUAAAUGUGGAGCUUGUAAUGCUGUUGCAGAAGAGCUGGAACUUGGACUCUCCAAUGAAAAACCAAGAAAUCAUUUGGAUAUGAGACACCGCUUGGAUUCUACAGGUCAACGCAGGGGAAAGGUAAUUGAUUACAGAGUGAGCGAAUUGAGAGUUGUUGAACUCUUAGAUGGACUUUGUGAAAAGAUGCAAGAGUACACUCUUGAGAAGAUAGGUUCCACUAGAGAAUGGAUCAAAGUAGUAGACUGGAACAUCCUUUCGAUCGAUAAACAAGAAGCACGAGUACAUUCAAAACACAUCUCUUCUUAUUGUGGAAGAUUACUUGAAGAAACAGAAGACGGGCUAACUGAGUUGAUAAAGAAAGGAUCUAUUAAAUCAGGAGAUGUAAGCAAGGUUCUCUGUCAAGAUCUUAGCAAACACUGCGACAAGACAAGGGCUUCUCCACAAUUAGAUGCUGAAGAUGAUGACUCGGACAAAGAAUUAUGAUAGGGAUUCAAACUCAUAUCAUGGGCGGUGAAUAUUUGGAGGCGAGAUAGGGAACUUGGAUCAGUUCUACCAGUUUGUCACUGUCUGAAGUUUGGGUGUUGACAAUUUCCAAGUUUAGUUGCAUUUUCCCAACUCUAUUUAUCAGUUGGUGAACUUGAUUUUGGAGGAGCAUUUGGUAUAGACCUUUAGAUACAGUUAAUAAGUUUUCUUUUUUGUUUAGUACUUGUCUUCAGCCAUAUUUUUGGUUUGCUGGUUGACUUAGAUUUGAAUAUGAAUUGGAGCAAGAAUUUUAGCAUUUUUAUU